UGUGAUGGAUGCGAAGGAUGAUACUGACCAAGUCUAUUUCGGAGGAAAGUGCCUCUGGGGUCUCGAUACCUGGCGGCUUUCUGCGAUGGCUCAUUAUUAAAGAAGUGUUGCCUACAUUUGGGGAAAAGGAUUACAUUUACCAUCUUGUCGAUGCCUGAGGAUUAUGGACUGUUACAGAAACGAGCGGCGGUGUAACGCUUUGGAUAACUGCCUUUGUAUCCUACACUCUUUCUUCGUGUCCUUCUCUUUGUUUUUUCAACGCUUUUGGGCUGCACGUUUUCUCAGAAAUGUUGAAUUUAGCAAGCUCUGGACGUGAAGGAUUCUUGUGUCGUUUUGUGUUAUUGGACAUGAGACUGUGAGCUGCAGAUACCUGUGGACAGGCGCCGUUUCGCAGACAGUAUGGUUCAAUAUUUUGACAUAAGCGUUAUUUUUUUGUGUUACGCACUAUUGCGCAUGCUUAGUUGAAGAUUCAGACCGCUGCCCGUCGCCACUUGGCUUUGUGCUGGCCGUGAUGUAGGAUCAAAAGUGAAGGCAACGGAGGACUAAAUAAAAAAAUGCGUUGGCAAAGUGGAAGCGUGGCGACCCAAGGAUUUGACUUUGGAUCCUUCACGAUAUAAACUGUGUCAUAAACUGAAGAAUGUCCGGGCCGCCCCAUGCAGUGGCUGAAGGAGUAAUAGUCUCCAAAGUUAAAGUGAAAAAGGAGAUCAAGACAAUCGUUGAGAAUUUGGAAACCAUCCUGGGAGACCUCAAGGAUGUAGCCAAAGAGCUCCAAGAGGUUGUUCAUGACAUUGAUACCCUGACUGGGGACCUGCAGCUGGAGGAGGACGGACUGACAGACAGCUCUAAGACAGACACGUUAAACUCCAGCUCCAGCUCCACCACCACCACCACCACCGCCUCCAGCCUGGAGAAAAUAAAGAUCUUCCCCGAUGACUGCAUCUUCAGACCACCCGCACUCAUCGACCCGGUCAACCCUCUGGCAGUCCUCACUGUACUCAAGAAGCCCCACCCUCCCCUCCCUCCACCCAGACUUACCCCGCUGCGAGCCGAAGAUCACAACAUUAAGAAUCUGCCUCAUCCGACAUUAGUGUUAUCAGGGAAUAUAUCCAAGGCUACCGGGUCUCUAAUGAGGAAUGGCGGGGCUUUUACAUUUAAACCAAACCGGGAUUUGUUCUCCUCCAUGCCGUGUUUCAUUGCUAAUGACAGUGGAAUCCCUGAGUCGGGUCUUGUUCCUACAUUACCCAGGCCCAUGCCUCUUCUCCGCCAUGAAAAGAACAAAUGCCCGAAAGCCCCUGGCAGGGAGUCACGUGAGAGGGAGCGUGUACGUUUCAAUGAGAAGGUCCAGUACCAUGGCUACUGCCCAGACUGCGACCUCCAAUAUGAUGUAGAUGACACAGAACUACAUUUACAGGCCGAGCUGAACGACCUGAGGCUCAGCCCGGUGCAUUUUUGCUCUUCGUCCUCCACUCCUUCUCAUGCUCUUCCUCAUGAACCAAUGUUGGAAAAUGGUGGCCUCUCGGUCAGCCACAGUUUUCCACCAACAGCAAACACACCUCUACCUUGUGUGCCUCCUCACAUGCCUUCCCACAAGCCCCAGAAAACAAUCCUACGCAAAUCAACCACCACCACAGUUUGACGCCGAACCCCCUUGUUCUGUCUUACUUAAAAAAUCUUGAAUCUUUCAUAGUGUUUUCUACUUUAUGAGCACUUUCUACUCCAAUUGAACAUUGGAUUAUAGUACAGAGAGAGCAGGAGUUGGGGGAAAGCGUGGAUACAAAGUGAGUGGAAGAAAGAGAAAGGCACCGCCAUGGGCGCUGAGAUGUACACAGAGAGAUCAGGAAGAAGCGGGCCCAUUGAGAUACUUGAGAUACAAGUGGAAGGGAUGCUUGUUCCAUACACUGACAAACCCUGGCUGUCCGAGGCACGAGGAGCCAGAGCUGAGGCCAAGCAUCCACUUUUAUUUAUUUUUAUAAAUCACUAACGGAUUUCAAUCACCAGGAGAUCAUUUAGACACUUAUAGACUUAAAGAGCACUGAACAACCUCCAGGCACAACUGUGUCAGGGUGAUAUAACUGUGAAACUGGGUAUCAGUAAGUGUGAGUGUAGAUGAAUUGAUAGAUGAGGAGAUAUUUUUGUUACAUAGAAACAGCUAUAUAAAGAUUAGAAAGCUACUAAAACCCUGUUACGAAAGUAAAGAGGCAGGUUAAGAUGAAGAGGUACAAGACGGGGUCAAAUGAUGUCAGCCAGUAUUUGAUUGAUGUCUACACAGACUUUUGUUCUGUGCAUACUCCGAUAGAAAUCAAUAGCUCCACUGAAACAGUGGAAUUUGCCUUUUAAGAAUUGUAAUUGUUUGUGUCUGGAGAGCCCAACGAGUGAGCAAAACACUUCUGGACUGCAGAUAAGGGGAAAAUUAAAUUUGGUCAGUGUACGCCAUGGUCAAUCAGAGUGUAUUUUUGGAAAGUUUUGAAAAUAAAUGGAGAUGUGGUCACUGAUCUGUGUCCAGACAUGUUCACCAUACAUCAAAAUCUAUAUGCUCAACUGGUGCCAUGUCAGAUACGUUUUUCACAAUAACAUGCAGAGAUACAUUAUAGUGCCAUAGUUACAGCUUUAAAAGAUCGUGGAAGAAUUAAUAAUUUGCAUCAAAUUUUCUUUGUAUACAAAUAUACAUGUACGUGUGUGAUAUUUAUAUAUUUCAGGCAUUUUUCUACAGAGACUUUAACAUUUAAAGAGAUGAUAUUUUUGAUAUUGUGUGGGAUGACUGAGAGGUAUUUUGACGAAAGCUGACAUUCCCUGAAGGUGCGUUUUUUCAGCAGGGCAUAGCAUGAUGAGUUAUUUAUAUAUAGCAACAGGAUGGUGUUUGUAUGGAUGAAAAAAGUGGUUCAGUAAUAUUACUUCAAGAAACUUGACAGAAUGGGCUGUAGUGUGAGAAUAACUUGUAAGGUAGAGCAAAUUAAUGGCGUAAACCAAAUACCUAGUUGUGCUUUUUCACACGGUAGGCCUGGGGCUGAAUAAAUGCAUGACCUGACUCUACACUUUGUCCUGCCAUCACUGUGUUUUUCUAUGCAUUUCUGUGGAGAGGCUGUCUGUUGGUUGCUCCAACAUGCAGGUUGCUCUGCUCUCCAUAAUACAAAGUUAAGCAGAUCUCCCUUUCAUUUCCUCAUAUGAAGUCUCUAUAGCCACUAUAAAACCGUUAAAUGUCUACUUUACGUUUUAUUCAUAUAGCACUUCAGAAACCAGAGAUUAUAAAGUGGGUCAUCAGGACAAACUGAAUAUAAAGAAACAUUUCCAUAGACCUUUUUUGAUCAAUACCAUUUUUGGAAAUGUACAAUGGAGAGCAACAACCCUUUCUUCAUAUUCAGACGGGAGGCACCACACUUUUAACUCCACCUCUUUGUUCUCACUGGACACAGAGACUGAGUUCAUGAAUGAAUCACUCUGGAUCAAUCACUUUUAAAGAUAAGGGGACUGUCUGAAAAAGCU